CGUGUGCUCAGAUGUCUUCUUAACCACUGCAAGAGGAAGACAACAAAGAGCUACAUGAAAGUCGCGCAAGAACUAAGUUUAUCAAUGGUAUUUCAACCUCUUGGAGACGGUGAAUUCUUUUACAAGCAUAUCGAAAAGCUAGGACUACAAACUUGUAAGAGGAUUGCGGAGAGGACAAGCUUAUCAUCUGUAAAGGAUGUUGAAAAGAUGAUAAAAGAGCUAGAAGAAAAAGAUCCAGAUACAUCACCUCUUUCUGAUACAGCAAAAAGUCAUCUGUUGAAAUUUCCCUUUGUAAAAGGGUUCUGUGUUAUGGCCGAGACACCUCAUAUCUACAUUAAUGAAGAACAGUUCGGUAACCGUGAGUCACAUAAACAGGUGCACGAUAUCAUAUCGCCCUAUUUUGGUGACCAUUAUUUUAUUUUGAAAUACUGUAAGAAGUCUCGUUUUGUACCACUUGUCUCACUUAAGCCAGGAGAGGCUAUAUUCCGCAAUCCUUCCGAUCCAGAGAAAUACGGAACCCUUGGUGCUUUACUUAAAUUGCACCGCGGACCUGCGUCUGAGAAGCAUGAUUGGUAUGCCCUAACAUGUGAGCAUGUUGUGGGGAAUAGUGCUUCCAUGAUGAUAAAAAUAGGGGGAAAUACGUUUUCUGACUUUGGCAAAGUAGUAUACAAGAGAGAUAUCACUAAAUCAGAAAAGGAUAUAGCCAUCAUAAAGAUAAACCGUUCGUUUUACCCCACAAAUACCCGUGGACACAUUAAUGUCCGUAGAGACCUUAAAGGAAUUCAAAUGCAGAAGGUCCUAAAGAUGGGAGCUCAGACCGGGAAAACAUACGGCAUUGUGGUAGGCACUGAUUGUGAAUUCCCGGAUUAUGGUAAAGAGUUUAUACUGCUUUGUUCAGAAACACUAUCAGCUCGUUUUGCAGAGGGGGGUGAUAGUGGUUCUGUCGUUUUAUUAGAAGAUAAUGGCGAAGUAGACGCAUUGUCCAUACUUGUAGGCAAAUUUGACAGUCGGGAGGACGUUCCUCAGUUGCAAGGAGUAGGGAGUGACCACACUCCACACCCGGGGCUGGCAGAAAGCGAGCACCCCAUCGCUUGUGCCAGCAUAGAAGAUAGUGCCGGUUCAGCGUCUGAUAUAAGCGGUCAUUACGAGGGUAUAUUUUCGCCCUUCAUUCCAAAGAACACACAAGUAUUUUAUUCCGACACAUUGACAGCAUCUCUGGAUCAAAUAAAAAAUAAUCAGGAAAAUCAUUUGGGAGACACAAUUCUAGAUUACAUUGAUGAAGUAAGCAGACACCACAGUCUCUUAUUCGUUUGCGGUGUUGAUCCAAGAAAGCCAGCUGAAGCAACGUAUUGCAUGCUAUGUAGUCGAAUCUAUAGACAUAGGCAUAGGCUUAAGUCCUCGAUUAUCCUCGAUGGCAAUCCACAUCUAUGCAAAGAGGCAACUGCACUUUUUAUGCCUCGUCACGUGAAUAACGAACACCUCAAGCACAACUUGGCACGUAGAUACAAUGCAAUGUAUGCGCGAUGCAAAUUCCCUAGAAUGUUGAAGCAUGCAUCAAAAAUUAGAUUGUAUGUUCAACCCUGCGAACUGAAGGCGGGGAGGAAUCAAAAGCAUGAUGAUGAUAUUGAUGCUAGUACAAUGCGUGCAUGGGAGGGCGAAUUUAAGUCACAAACACAAAUGACAUUUUCUAAAUUUUUAUCCACUUUCUGGGUACAUUUUGCAAAGUAUUCCUGACUAAACCUUUAAGCACGGUAAGCAAUAUUUCAAAACGCCCCUGUGCCAGCCACGAUGACCUAUCUUUCACUGCAGCCCCAAUGCAACAUUGUAUUCGCAGUUUAGAGUCUACCAGCCAUGCUUUGUCGGGCACAGUUGGCCUUCUUUGCAUUGGAUAA